AUGGUUCGUGAAAAUCACGAAAAAGUAUUCGUGUUUGAAGAUGAUGCGAUCCCACAUCGUAAUUUUACAGCAUUGUUCAGAGAAUUGCCUCAUCGUUGUCUCGAAGCCGACGUUCUAUUAUUAGGAGCUACUAUAUGGCAUAAAAAACAUACAGAUUGGCCCAGCGGAGCGUGCUUCGAUGCUAGCAGUGCAACAUUUGGUGCGUUUGCUCUCUUUCUUAAAAGAGUAUCUUACCGUCCUAUUCUUCAGUGGUUACAAGCCGGUACACCAAAACCGUUUGAUCAUGUUUAUCGUCAUUUGCAACAAAAGAAUCUCUCUGUUCGAGUAGCAUUUCCUCCUUUUCUAGUGAUUCCAGAUAUUUCGCAUCCAUCCUUAAUCAAUAAUAAGCGAAGUGAUAUCCAAUUCGAUAUUCAAUGUCCACAAGAUGAUGAAUUACCAGAAAAGAUGCCAAUAGUCCAUGAAGCUUCUUUGAAAUUUCCGUGGAAUGACACAAUUGAACUGAUUUACACUAGUGCACCUGAGCCGUCUGGAUUUAUAUGGCUUUUUGGUCAAGGAGUUGUGGGUCAAACUGAACAUAUGUUCUGCCUGCUUGGUCGUCAGAGAACAAGCUUGAAAGAGGCGAAAAAAUCGACUAUUUUUAAUGAUUAUAUAGCUUUUCUUUGCCAUCUUUCUCAAGAGCUAGAAUUCGGAGACAAAUUAACUAUUGUAAAUGGAGAAAAAAUUGUGAAUUCAGUUGCACGGUAUAAUCCACAGCAUCACCAAACAAUUAAAAAGCCGCGAUAUUUCUUAUGCUUUGUUACAACCAUUAAAAAUAUGGCAUAUUUAGUGGAUGAAUGGUAUGAAUAUCAUCGUCGUGUAGGUUUCGAUCAUCUAAUAAUUUAUGAUAACAAUUCAACGGAUGGUCUCGAAAUAUUGUUUCCGAAUAGAGCAGAUCUUGAAAUUAUUCGAUGGCCAUGGAGACGAUCCCAGCAUCAAGCAUACACACAUGCUCUGUUAUUCACAAGAGAUCGAUGUGUUUGGACUCUAUUCUCUGAUCUUGACGUUUUUAUAUUUCCACGAUCAUCAAAUUCAGUGCGAAGUAUCAUACAAAAUCAAGCAAGAUCAGAUAUUACUCAGAUUAGUUUUAAAUUACUCAGAAUGUCUCAUGAAAAUCUUGUCGAAUGUUCCAAUACUUCGAUUACAGAAACUUAUAUUCAUCGAAAACGAUUGCCAGAUGCUUGGGACAAAAACCCAUCGGCAGCAGUUAUCACCUCACUCGCUGUACCCGUGCAUCAAAUACACGAAGCUGAAUUAUUGAAACCUUACAAGUCCAUCAUAUUAUCAUCAGAUAUUGCCUAUGGUGUUCAUUACAGUGAUCGUUGCUGGAAGCAGUACUUUUCUCAGAAAGUCGUUGGCCGAACCGGUGUCAAAGAUUGGAUUGUACCAAAAACUGUUAGUAUACUGCAUCCAAGUGAGAAUUGGCAGAAACUAUCGAAAGAAGCAACAAUAAAAGAUACCGAAUUUCGAGACUUUAAACGUAAGAUCAUGCGAAUGCCUAUGCCAAAACCUGCUAUAUUUUAA